GGAUGGCCGCCAUCUUGUGCGGCGCCCGAGCCUUAGCCUGAGCUCGAGCCUGAUCUCAGGCGUGCGGCCUGCAAGCGAGGGAGUGAGGACCCGGGCCUCGGGAGGCGCGAGAGCGGGAGCCGCCAUCCCCCACCCCCUCCGCCGUCCCGUCUCCCACCCUCAGAGCCGGGCACAGCCUGUGCAGAGCGGAGCGCUCCGGGGUCCGGCGUGGGCCCGCGCCGCCCGCGGAGGAUGAACGGAGGAUAAAUGGUGCCCCAGGCGGACAGCGGCGCCUUCGUGCUCCUCUUCCUGCUGGUGCUCACUGGCACCGAGCCGCUGCGCCCAGGUCCACCACUAGCCCUGGCGAGACUUCUGUCAGAAUUGCGGUGCAACCCAGGCCAAUUUGCUUGUCGCAGUGGUGCCAUCCAGUGCAUCCCCCUUUCCUGGCAAUGUGACGGCAGGGGGACCUGCGAAGAUGAGAGUGACGAGGUUGGCUGUCCAGAUGUACCUGGGGACCAACGUUCUUAUCAUGGAAAGGAGGCCAUGGAUUCACGGCCCAGUCGUGGAAGAGGAGACGCCACCCGCUUCCACACGGUGAAUGUGGCGCAGCCCGUCCGCUUUAGCAGUUUCCUAGGAAAGUGCCCGACGGGAUGGCAUCAUUACGAGGGCACGGCCAGCUGUUACAAAGUCUAUCUAAAUGGGGAGAAUUACUGGGAUGCCGUGCAGACCUGCCAGAGGGUGAAUGGCUCUUUAGUGGCCUUCACGACCGACCAGGAGCUCCGCUUCGUUCUGGCCCAGGAAUGGGACCUACAGGAGAGGACCUUUGGGUGGAAGGACCAACGCAAGUUCUGGGUGGGCUAUCAGUAUGUUAUUACUGGUCGAAACCGGUCUCUAGAAGGUCGCUGGGAGGUGGCUCACAAAGGUCCCUCCGAGGUCUUUUUGCCACCAGACCCCAUUUUCGCCUCGGCUGUGCCUGAGAAUGACAACGUGCUCUGUGCCCAGCUCCAGUGCUUCCACUUCCCUACCCUGCGGCACCACGACUUACAUAGCUGGUAUGCAGAGAACUGCUACGAGAAGUCCUCCUUCCUCUGCAAACGAAGCCAGACAUGUGUGGACAUCAAGGACAACAUCGUGGGGGAAGGCCACCACUUCACGCCCAAGGGCAACGACCCCUGCUUGAGCUGCACAUGCCACAACGGGGAGCCCGAGAUGUGCGUGGCCGCGCUGUGCGAGGGGCCCCAGGGCUGCCAGCAGUACGACAAGGACCCCAAGGAGUGCUGCAAGUUCAUGUGCUUGGAUCCAGAUGGCAGCAGCCUGUUCGACUCCAUGGCCAGUGGGAUGCGCCUCAUCGUCAGCUGCAUCUCCUCCUUCCUCAUCCUGUCCUUGCUGCUCUUCAUGGUCCAUCGGCUACGUCAGAGACGCCGAGAGCGCAUCGAGUCGUUGAUUGGUGCGAACCUGCAUCAUUUUAAUCUGGGCCGGAGGAUCCCGGGCUUCGAUUAUGGCCCUGAUGGCUUCGGGACGGGCCUCACUCCGCUGCACCUCUCUGAUGAUGGAGAAGGCGGAGCCUUUCAUUUCCACGACCCUCCUCCGCCAUACACAGCCUACAAGUACCCAGACAUCCAGCACCCUGACGACCCCCCGCCACCCUACGAGGCCUCCAUCGACCCCGACAGCGUGCUCUGCACCACUCCAGAUGGUGUUUGCCCCCAGACCGCUCAGAGCAGUCCGCCCACCCUCGGAGACAGUGAUGCAUCUCCCCGACUCCUGGAGGGGCCUCUCCCACCUUCGGUGGGGCCCUCCCCAGCAGAGCUGGAUGACUCGGCUGAUAGCAGCACCCUCCUUGUACCUCCGGACACACCCCCGAGCGAGAACAGGCCGGCAGAAACUCUAGGGGGCAGCCGCCCCAGCCUCUGCUCCCUCAAUACCGUUGUCUAAAGGGGCGGCGAGCUGAUAGCCUGCCGGUCAGAAAUCAUUGGAGCAACUGUUUGCACAAAACUGGACGAGGAAACACGGCUCUAGGCGCUGAGCUCUGCCCUCUCUCUUCAAGGCUGGCAUCGGCCCCCCAUUGUGCCAGGCAUGGCUCUGCCCUCACUGUGCAUUUACCACCUGGUUUAUUGUGUAAAUAGGGACGGGGGCUGUGUGAGAGGAAGGCCGGAGGGUCCUCAUCAGGGGAUGAAGAAAGGACAGAAAGUCAGACGGCUGUGGUCACUGCUCUUGGGUUUGGCUUGUCUUCUUCGGUUAUGGAGGAGGGAUAGGGUGACGGGCUCUCGGUGGUAGCGAGAGGGUUGAGGCUGGGGGCUGGAAGGGGCGGGGUCUGCCUGCAUCGCUUGCUCCUAUGUAGCGCUUGGAAAUGUCCACAGGACAGCCACAGGUAGGGCUGGCUGGGGUGGAGUGAUGUUCACGUGUGAGCUUAGGACCAGGAAGGCCCUGGGGGUGAAUGUGUCAUUUGCCAGGUCUCUGUCUCCAUCUUGAGAUGGCAGAGGAGUAGAAGAAGGGGAUCUGCAGAGGGUUUGCCUUUAGAGGCCUUAAAUGCGAGCCGUAAGCGCGGGGAGUGCUUAAAUCACCAGGCUUCCAGGGUGGGGAGAGCAGGCACGCUGGGAUGUCGAUGCUUUGGCCUCCUCAGGAUGCUGUCCGGCAUCCCCGAGGUGGGCUGAGCAAGUGGGGCAAAGGAGAGUGCAGCUCUGCUGGCCAGGGACCUCGGUGCAGAAUAAGGAGGGGCCGGCCGGCCUGGUAGCCGCACUCAGACCUGCUUGGGUGUGAGAUCAGAAGAAAGGAAAUGGCCCAUUGCGAAUUGGCCUGGUGAUAGAAUUGCUUCUCAGACUGCGGAGUGACUACCGACUCUGGUGGGCGGCCUCGCUCUGGAAGGGGGUGUGAAUCCAGACUGAUCUGUGCAGAACCUCCACGUGUGACGUCAUGCCCCUGUGGGCCCCCCCCCCAGCCUCGGCCACCGCCUCUGGAAACUGGGGUCCCUCCUCCCAUGCUCUGCCCUCUCUGCCCUUGAGCCUCUGAGGACCCUGCUUGGGGCAGUUGCCGCCCUUUCUGAUGCCUCUGGAAGAAGAGGCCUUGGUGGCAGUGGGCAGCAGGCAAGGGGAGGACAGGGUCUUUCUUGGAAACAGCUGGAGUUGCCCCUGAGGGGGGAUUUUCAGGGGACGGGAGAGCAGCCGAGAAGAUGCUUGAUUUCUGCUGGUGUAGGCUUUGGUCCACUGGGGAGCUUGGGGCGCUCCCUCUCCACUCUCCACUUAAAACUGAGAGCGUCAUGGGGAUGAGCCCCAGAGGUAUUUGCCCUGGGCCCAGACCUCUCAGCCUGGGCCGUGUGAUCACUGGUAUCUGUCCCCACCUGCCUCUGCCUUCCCCUUCAGUUUGGUCAGUGGUUUACCUCAUUAGGAACUCUGGGGGGGGAUCUGUGGGCAGCUGCUCCCGUCAGGGCGGGGCUGAUGCUUCCCGGUGGGGAAAGGUUACCCAGGGCUCUGCGCGUCUGCAGCUUGUGGUUGUUCAGUGUGGGCAGACGCUCGGGCUUCUGUCCCGCCCUCGAGGCCAGAGCCGCCCGCCAGGCCCACUGUGGGCGCCUCGCCCUGCUGAAGGGUGGUUCCUUCUCCCUCAGCCACCAUGUGCGCGGCACGGUGUCGGUCGUGAGCAGCCGGUGAACGGAGCGGGGUUUCUUUGCCCGGUGUGCUGUCGCUUAUGGCCUUGUUUCAGGGCCUUGGCCGGCCGGAGACAGACACAGCCUGUGGACAGCAAAUGUUGCCCAAGUAGGAAUAAUAAAGCGGGUGUUGUGCACUUUUGAGCACAUCUAUACAUUUUCUAUACAUUGUAUGUACUGAUCGUGUUUCCUUUAGUUUUAUAUGAAUGGUCGAAUGUGUGUGUGGAUGUAGGUGUGUGUGUCUGUGUGUGUGGGCGGGCGUGAUCAUGGUACGGUGGGCUGCCCACCUGAGGAAGAAAGGCCUGGGGUGGCUGAGGUAGGAGCCUUCUGAGGAGGCUUGGAGCAAGUGUUGCUGGGGUCAUUCAUUCAUUCAUUCAUUCAUUCAUUCCUUUAUUCAUCGAGCCGCAUUUCCUUGGGCCAGAACUGGCUGCCUUGUGAGGGCGUCGUUCAGUCUCAGCUCAGUGAUUCGGAUACUGGCUUGUCGCCUCGUCCCUGCAGCCCUUCCUUCCUCUUGGGUUCCUCAGUCACCUGUGGCUGUUCAUUCCUCCUGUUCUGUGGAUGGGGCCCACUUGCUUUUCUCUCGCGGGCGUGUGUGGGCGUGUUUUUAAUUUCGGAGGGAUGGUUGCCCCCCGGGGGCUCCUGCCCCAAGCAGAGCUUGCUGACAGCUGCCCGGGCCUGGUGUGGGGAGCCUUGGCUAGCUGCUCCCGGGGACUCGGGCUCUUAGAAUCCUUCUCCCCUCCUCUUACCAGACGGUUGCUGGGAGAAGCGUCAGGGUUUUUUUUUUUAAAGAAUGGUGGCAUCAUCUGUUUGCACGUUGGAUCCCUCAUUCUGAUUGUUAAUUAAAGACAAAAAAGGCUUUAGGUUGGUGUUUCCGGAAUAUUAUUUGAGGUCUGCUGGGGAAGAGAGAAAGGCCGUGUUUCAGAAUGGGGGAGUGCUCAUCGUUUGCUUAUGUGCCUCUCCCUUGUGUUUGUCCUGUGUCACCCGGGCCCUCAGAUGGAUGGGUUCUUCCUCGUUUUUAAACCAGGAAGACGCUAGGCUCACACCACGCUAACUGAUCUCCAAGGCUGUCAUCCACCGCGACCAGAGCGGAAGGAAAGUCGCUAGUCAGCUUGUUUGCUUUCAACUCCAGACCACUGGGGAACCCCGAGCAGGGAAGCCACGGUGGUCCAUCCAAGGUGGCCUGAGGCUGUGCCUCCCGUGAGAGAGGCCUGCCCCUGGCUGGCUCCAGAGCCAUCCCCCGUGUAACUGAAGGCCUGCGGGUAGAGCCUAGGCCAGCGCAGUGCCCGAGAGCCAGGCAGGGAGCUGCGGUGGACCCAGGGCUGGAGCUGAGAUGCAUUUCUACACGUUGGAGUAUUGUAGGUAGUGAAUCUCCUUGUAUGUAGCUCCCCCAACCCCAGCCCAGCCCUGCCUGGGUCUUUUGUAGUUAGAGACUUAUUCCUCACUUCUCCUAACACAAAGCAGUGCCAUUUGAAAACACUGGGAUCUAUGCUUUCAGAAAUACUCAGUCAUGGGUGUCCUUAUUUUUUCACUUGAUGAAAUGGCUUCUUGUCAGUCACUACCUUAGUUCUGUAUUCUGGUGGCUUCUGCCCCUGGGUGGGCAGUGAGAUCUGGGAUAGUAGAGGCAGCAUUAGUGGACCCCCAUACCCCUAAACACAAACACUCUAGCCACAGCCUGAGCCCUGAGGCCUCCUGAGGCCAUGCAAAUGAGUGCCUUUCAUUCCAAGCUGAGGCCUGAGGGCCUGGGCACCCAGCCCAACCCUGCCCUGCCCGAUUGUCGUGUUCCUCUCUGCUACCCUGAGCCAUCCAGGGUAUGAAGGCAGGAGAGUGUAUGGGUGGGUGUAUCUCCUUAGAACUGCCUGUAGUGGCGUGGCUCUGCCAGGGGAACUCCACACUUCUGUGACAGGUGGCCACCCAUCACCUCAGAACUGAUUGAGGGUUCGUGUGGCUUCUGUCUGUGAACAUGUGACCCCACCUCCUUGGAAAGAGCUGCUGGGGUGCUCUUCCCCCUCCUGCCUCCUUCCUCAGAAUGAGGACUGGAUUCUGCUCAGUGAAGUCUGUACAGGGGCUUCCUUAUGGGUCAAGCCUGGGAGUCCAAUGUGCUUUCUGUCCAUAGGAAAAGAUGCUUCCACAUUAUGCACUAGGUUAGCAUCCCUAGGGGUCACCAAGAAGCAUGACUCUUAAUGCGGAGGCUUGGGCAGGAUGCCCAACGGUCCUCUUCUCAUCCCCCUGAAAAUUGCCACUUUCUCCAAGGAUUUGGGCUCCAGACUUGACUGAGUACCUCACCAGGGGAGGGGAGGUUUGUGUGGUCCAAUAAGGGGUGAGGGUCUUUCCCUCUUCCCCACACGCCCUGCCUCCAGAGCUCCUACACAAGGUGGAUUCAGUUGUUUGAAGUAGGACCCCCUUCCACUCCCCACCUGCCGUCAUGCUUCACUUGCUCCCAGGGCCAGACUCUGCCCUUGUUGGUGGGGGGUAGAGAGUGAGGGGGCCAUGCUGCUGUUGCCGCUGCCACCCUCCCCUUGCGCCCUGACCCUGUGCAGCUGGUGAACUCUGCAGCCCUGGAGGAGUGUUUCUGGUCUUCUCCGAAAGGCCUGUAAUACCCGAACUGGGCAGUGUGGACAUCCUGAAGACUUUCUCUCCUGCUUUCAUGGAGGUGAGGUGGUUAAUUGUUUGGAUUGUUUGUUUUUUGUUGUCCAGUUGGCACUAAUCUUUAUGUCCUCCUCAAGAUGCUGUGAGAACUGUGUCAUCUAAAUGCCAAAUAAAUUUGUGUUCUGGCCACA